GGUCAUGAGAUAAGAGUCACAGACAGAUACUGUGCCUUGGAAAGAGAGUCUAGAGAGAGAGAGAAGUGUGUGUUUGGUUGCUGGAUUAGUGGAGCUGAAACAGUUUUGGUUAGUUUUGUUUGUUUGUUUCAUCUUUUCAACCAUAGAUGUACUAGAAACAAACCUCACUGGGGCUUCUCAGAUUUGGCUCUUGAGCGCAGUAAUGGAGCAAAGAAGAAGAAGCAACACUAUCUAUCUCCUCCUCUUAUUCUUCUUCUUAGUCUUCACUUCAAGAACAAGCACAAGCUCAAGUUGUCGGCGGAGAAAAGUGAAACACUUAUCCACAACUCCACUUUCAUCUACACCACUCGAGUCCACAAUCACUUCCAAGGUUAUAACAUUCAGCAUCGCUUCGGGGAUCUUAACCGGGUUGGUCUCUGCAUUAGUCUUAGCUUUCUUGGUCCGUAGCAUAGUCAAAUACAUGAAACAAACGCCAAUUCUCAAAGGUCCUGUAGUUUUCUCCCCUGAGCUUACGCCCAAGUCUCUUCAUGGAGCUCUUGGUAAUGGUAUUCACUUGCUUGGCUCAGACCCUAACGGGAAAUACCACAAAGUUGUACUUGAUAAUGGUCUAGUGGUUGCAGUUAAGAGACUAUGCUCACCAGAAGCAAGUGGUAGUAGUACUAGUCGCAACUCGGUUAAGAGAAGGUUGCAGAAGGAACUUGAGCUUCUUGCCGAAAUAAGACAUAGGAACCUUAUGAGUUUAAGAGCUUAUGUUCGUGAAUCCAAUGAGUUCUCUCUGGUCUAUGACUACAUGCCUAAUGGUAGUCUUGAGGAUGUGAUGACUAAGGUUAGAGGUAAAGAGCUAGAGCUAGGAUGGGAAGUUAGGCUAAGAGUUGCUGUUGGAAUUGUUCAAGGGCUUCAGUAUAUACAUUUCAGCUGUGAUCAUCAGGUUCUUCAUUACAACUUGAAACCUACAAAUGUGAUGUUGGACUCUGAGUUUGAGCCGAGGCUUGCUGAUUGCGGAUUGGCCAAGAUCAUGGCUGCUUCACACACAGGAGUGUCUUGCUACUCUGCUCCUGAGUCUUCUCAAAGUAACAGAUAUACAGACAAAAGCGACAUAUUCAGCUUUGGAAUGAUCUUGGGUCUUCUUUUAACCGGAAGAGACCCGACACAACCUUUUUGUGUAGAUGGUGCAAGUGGAGGCAGCUUAGGACAGUGGCUGAAGCAUUUGCAGCAGUCUGGGGAAGCACGAGAAGCAUUAGAUAAGAGUAUUCUUGGAGAGGAAGUGGAAGAAGAUGAGAUGUUAAUGGCGUUACGUAUCACCAUCAUCUGCCUUUCUGACUUUCCAGCUGACCGGCCUUCAAGUGAUGAGCUUGUCCACAUGCUUACACAACUGCACAGCUUUUAGCCUAAUGCAUGGUUUUCUACAAUCUACAUGUUACUAAACGCUUGAGAAGUUAAUUGGGGUGUUGCAGAUUGCUCCUAAACUUGAUACACAAAGCUAGUAAAAGGCAUAGAAUCAGAGUAGUGGUUGGACUAAAAUGUAGUUAAUCAAAAUAUGUGGCCAUAUUGGAUAUUGGUCCAUCCAUAGUUUUUGUUAGUGGAUGCAUAGAGCAUUAAAGCU